CCUUGGGCUAGGGGAGGAAAGUGACGUGUAGAGAAGGCACAGUAUAUCCCUCGCCUCUAAGACAGUAUUUUGAAAACUCAUUAUUGACAGUUGUCCUUCUUGCGCACCAUGGCUGACGACAAGUACUCCGUAUUACUUCCGACAUAUAACGAGAAAGAUAAUUUACCCAUUAUUAUAUGGUUGCUGUGUAAAUAUUUUGAGGAAAGUGGCAUCAACUUCGAGAUAAUAGUAAUAGAUGACGGGUCACCAGAUGGCACACUCGAAGUUGGAAAAAAGUUACAAGAAAUAUACGGUGACAACAGAAUAGUUUUGCGUCCAAGGGCAAAGAAACUUGGCCUCGGAACUGCAUACAUCCACGGCAUAAAGCAUGCCAGUGGAAACUUUGUCAUCAUCAUGGAUGCUGAUUUAUCUCAUCAUCCAAAGUUUAUUCCUGAGUUCAUCAAGACACAAAAAGAAGGCAACCUUGAUGUGGUGUCUGGAACUCGUUAUAGUGGAGACGGAGGUGUAUAUGGAUGGGACCUAAAGCGUAAAGUGAUCAGUCGAGGCGCCAACUAUCUUGCUCAGAUCCUUCUCAGGCCUGGAGCUUCAGACCUCACUGGUUCAUUUAGAUUAUACCGUAAGGAGGUGCUACAGAAGUUGGUGGAGUCAUGUGUCAGUAAAGGCUAUGUAUUCCAGAUGGAAAUGAUAAUCCGUGCCAGACAAUUUGGAUAUACUAUUGGAGAGGUUCCAAUCAGCUUCGUGGACCGUGUUUAUGGUGAGAGUAAGUUAGGAGGAUCAGAAAUUAUUGGAUAUGUUAAGGGUCUUCUGUAUCUUUUUGCUUCAACAUAAAGUUUAGAGGUGGGAAUCUGUUUUCAUGACCUGUAAUCUCUUCUAUUUUUCAGUAAAAAAAAAAAAAAAUCUUAUAAUAAAAUUGAAUAAUGAUGAGACCUUAGU